AUGAUUCCUAUGCAUAGGCAGGGCGAUCCGAGUGCUCGUGCACCGCCCGACAGCGAUGUGCACGCGCGGCUUAUGCCGUUGGACAUCGACACAGGCCCUGUGCUGGAAAAGUCGCUGUGGGCGCGGCGGGGGAUCACGCUGCUGACCGUCGACCCCUAUCUGACCCAAGGGCCAGAGGCGCCAAAACGCGGCGUAGACGCGCCGCCGCCGCGCUGGCGCUCCAAAGAGUUCCUGGUGUACUUUGUGGCGCUCGCACUGAUUCCUCCGUACAUGAUCUACGUGCCGAUCCGUCUAAGCGAUGCGCAAAAGAACCCCAACUAUGGCGAGUACGCACGGAUGCUCGAGCCGGGGUGGAUGAACGGGCGCCUGCGCGACGAUAGCGACUACCAGUACCGCCUCUUUCGCGACUAUCUUCCCAUGAUUUUUGCCCUGAUCCUGGCAUACACGCUGUGCUCCCACGCAGUGAGCGGCGUCGCAAAUAUUGUACAGUGCAACGCGACGCAGCAGCGGAUCGUGCGCAAGUGGUUCCUCGGCAUUGCAAGCGGCGUCGUCAUCGCCGCGCUGCACGGCACAAACUCGCUUAAGCUCGUGGCCAUCGCACUCGGCAAUUAUGCGCUCGUGCACAUCGGCACCAAGCACCUGCCGAGGCAGGCGACAUCGGCGCUCGUAUGGCUGUACAACUGCGGCGUCCUCUUUCUCGUGUUUUACCUCGAGGGUGUGCCUUACGAGCGUAUCUCACCGGCCCUCGCGCCGCUGGACAACUACCGUGGCCUGCUCGAGCGCUGGUACAUUAGCUACAACUUUUCCAUGCUGCGUCACAUUUCGUACGCACUGGACUACCUGUGGGCGCUCGGAUGCGAGAACGAGCCAACGACCGAGCUUGCGCCGGGUGUGCCGGAUGCGCGGACACGCGUGCGGCAGCACCGGCCGCUCGCCGAGUACAACCUCAAAGAGUACCUCCUUUACCUCUUUUAUCCCCCGCUGUUUAUCGCCGGGCCGAUCCUGACAUUUAACGACUUUGCUGCACAGCUCGCGCGGCCGCUGCCGGUGCGUGCGGUGCGCGUCUUUUUCUAUGCGGUACGGUGUGCGCUCCUGCUCCUGGCUAUGGAGUUCAUGCUGCACUACAUGUACGUCAAUGCAAUCAAAAACGCGCACGCCUGGGCGAAUAACACGGCAAUGGAGCUAAGCAUGAUUGGGUUCUGGAACCUGAUGUUUGUGUGGCUCAAGCUACUCCUCCCGUGGCGCAUAUUUCGCCUCUGGGCGCUGCUCGACGGCGUCGAUCCGCCGGAAAACAUGAUCCGCGCCAUGUUUAACAACUACUCCGUGAUGGGGUUCUGGCGGUCGUGGCAUCGCAGCUACAAUCAGUGGGUCGUGCGCUAUAUUUACAUUCCCGUGGGCGGCUCACGCAACGUGCUGCCCUCUGCGCUGCUCGUUUUUACGUUUGUCGCGCUGUGGCACGACCUGUCGUUUACGUUGCUGGCCUGGGCAUGGCUAGUGACGUUCUUUAUCGCGCCCGAGGUCUUCGCGACGUACCUCCUCCCCCGGUCCACGUACGGCGAGCGGCCGUGGUACCGCCACGCAUGCGCCCUUGGCGGCGCGCUCAACGUGCUGAUGAUGAUCACCGCGAAUCUCGUCGGAUUCGUCGUCGGACUCGACGGCGUCACGUAUCUCUGGUCGGAGCUGGUAGGCAGCAGCGCAGGGAUCGUGUUCCUUAUCCAAGCCGUCGCGACGCUCUUUAUCGGCGUCCAGCUCAUGUACGUCGCACUACUGACCCAGGUUCGAGUACCGCGCCGAAGAGCUGCGUCGGAACAUUGA